AACAUAUCUCCGAGAAAUGGCAACCACUUCAUUGCUCUCUGCAGUUUCAAGAAGGUUGGAAGGUAAGGUAGCUUUGAUCACCGGAGGAGCCAGUGGGAUAGGCCGAAGAACUGCCGAAAUCUUCGCCCAACAUGGAGCCAAAUUAGUCAUAGCCGAUGUCCAAGACGAGCUUGGCCACUCCGUAUCCCAAUCUAUAUCAUCGUCGGGUGCCGAAAACGACGUCACUUAUGUCCACUGCGACGUAACAGACGAAAACCAAGUCAAAGCUGCGGUGGAAAAAGCCGUAAAAUCGUUCGGAAAGUUAGACAUAAUGUUCAACAACGCCGGCAUAAUUGGCGACAGCAAAUUCCGACUCGUGGAGAGCGACAAGGACGAUUUCGAGCGCGUGUUGCGAGUGAACGUCACAGGCGUCUUUCUCGGCAUCAAACACGCUGCCCAAGCCAUGAUCUCUGCCAACAAUGACAGUAUUGUUGGCGGCAGCAUCAUAUCGACAGCUAGUGUUAGUGCGAGCUUGGGCGGCACAGGCUCGUACGCCUACACUUGCUCGAAGAGUGCAGUGUUGGGGCUGACUAUGAAUGCUGCUGUGGAGUUGGGACAGUUUGGAAUAAGAGUCAACUGUGUGUCGCCGUUCGUGGUUGCGACGCCGAUGGCUAAGGAGUUUACUGGGUUUAGCGAGGAGGAGAUUGAGAGUAUGUCCGGUGAGAUUGCUAACUUGAAGCAUGUGAGGCUUAAGGCAGAUGAUAUUGCUAAUGCAGCUCUGUUUUUGGGUAGUGAUGAGGGUCGGUAUGUGAGUGGACAUAACCUUGUUGUUGAUGGAGGUAUGGUUAUUGUUAAUCCUUCCUUUACUACUCUUCAACAAAAAAAUUAAUCGGACUUG